AUGUCUAAACAAGUACCAACUGUUGAAUGCUCAUCUGCAAGUCCACUGGUAGAGAUUGAAAUUGAUGGUAUUACUGGUAGAGAAGAAUUUAAUGCUAUAGAGUGUGAUAGUAAUGAUGGGAAUAAUGAAGUUGAUGGUAUUAUUGGUGGAGAAGAAAACCCAAGUGCCCCUAUAGAUCCCCAAAAAUAUGCAUACCAAAGGAAGCUUAGGAAGAAAACUUCUGCAGUUUGGAAAGAUUUUAAAAUAGUGGAGAAGAAUGGUGUCAAGAAAGCUGAGUGUAACUUUUGCAAAGAUCUCUUGUCUAUUUCUUCAUCAAGUUCUACAACUCACUUUCAUAGGCACUUGACUAGUUGUCUUCCACACAUAGCUGCUUCUAAGAGACAAAAGGUUUUGACUAUUGACAUGAAGGGUUUUGAAUGUGUGAAUCUUGUAAAAAAUUUCUCGUAUUAUAUGAAAAAGGUAAGAGAACUAGCUUCUCACAUGAUACUUUAUCACGAGUAUCCUUUUUCCAUGAUGGAACAUGUGGUGUUUAAUAAAUUUAUGAGAGCUAAUACUCCUUAUUGGCAAAAACUAAGUCGUACUACAGCUAGAAAUGAUUGUCAAUCCACUUAUGAGAUUGAGAAAAAGAAGUUGAAGACAAUAUUGAGAGGUGUGAAUAAAGUCAGUAUAACAACCGACAUGUGGACUUCAGGUCAAAAGAUCUCAUAUAUGGUUAUUACCUGUCAUUUUGUUGAUCCUGAUUGGCAUUUACAAAAAAGAGUCUUAAAUUUUUGUAAUGUCCCACCACCAUACAACGGGAUUAUUAUUGCUGAUGCUCUUCAAAAGUGUUUCAUUGAUUGGGGAAUUGAGAACAAAGUAUCUACAAUAACAGUGGACAAUGCUAGAUAUAAUGAUGUAGCUUUAAGGGUUCUCAAAGAUGUUUUCAGUUUGAAAAAGAAGUUAUCUAUCGGGGGGCAGCUUUUUCAUGUGCGUUGUUGCGCACAUAUAACAAAUUUAUUGGUCAAAGAUGGACUAAGUGAGAUUGGUGAAAUUGUCGACUGUGUUCGAGAAGGGGUGAAGUACUUGGUUGCAUCAGAAGCUCGUAUCAAGCAGUUUAGUGAUAUUGCAAAACAAUUGCAAUUACCAAGCAAGAAACUUUUUUUGGAUGUUCCUACCAGAUGGAAUAGCACUUAUCUAAUGCUAGCUGCAGCCUUAGAAUUUAGGGAAGUCUUUUCGAGAUAUGAAGAUAGAGAUCAAGGCUUUAAUUAUGUUCCAAGUGUUGAGGAUUGGACCAAAGUGGAAAAUGUCUGUCAAAUUUUGGCAGUUUUUAAUGAGGUUAUAAACAUUAUCUCAGGAACUGAGUAUCCAACUGCUAACUUAUUCCUUCCUGAGGGGGAAUGUAAUUUGCUUAUGGCAGUGGCUGCUGUUUUGGAUCCAAGGUUCAAGAUGAUGCUAGUUCAAUUUUGUUUUUCAGUAAUUUAUUUAGAACCCGAAGCCACUAAAAACAUAGACACCAUCUUGAGAAUCUUAUAUGAGCUGUAUGAUGAGUAUGCUAAUGAUUAUAAUUUAGCUAAUGUGGAGUCGAGUGGACAUGAAAAUGCUCGAGACAUAGGUUCUUCUUGUAGUGGCUCUAUCAAUGUUGUGGGGAAGAAUGUGAUGAGUGUGAAAUCUGAUUUGGAUGUUUAUUUAGAGGAAGGUGUCUAUAUUUGUAGUGAGGAUUCAGAUUUACAUUUUGAUGCCUUGGAGUGGUGGAAGGUUAAUGAUCUAAAAUACCGCAUUUUAUCUAAGAUGGCACGUGAUAUUUUGUCAAUUCCAAUUACUACAGUGGCUUUAGAAUCUACAUUUAGUGCUGGUGGUAGAGUAAUUGAUCCUUAUCGCGCAUCAAUGUCUGUUGAAACAGUAGAAAUGUUAUUAUGUGGGGCUGACUGGGUUCGGAUACUUCAUGGUUUGAAAAAAUCAUCGAAUGUUGAUGGUGAUUGGCAUUUGGCUAGUUUUUAA